AUGAGGGAUCCAUUAAGACGGGUGAGCCGCUCAAGGAAAUAGUGCAAGUCCGAGGCGACUCUGAGGGAGUGGAAAGCGAGCCUCCCAACUAAACCCUCACCAGAACAAAUUGAUGUGAAAAUAGCGCCUCCGUGGAGACGAUACCAGUUUUCACACUGA